GAGAGAUUAAUUAAUUUGCUGCUCAUAAGCUAAACCUCAUUUGUUUGUCAAGAGAGAGAACUGAGAUUCUCUCCAUUCCUCUCUCUCUCUCUCUCUCUCUCUCUCUCUCUCUCUGGCAUUGCUGGGCAAAUUGGUCAUGCACUAAGCUUGUUCCACUACUAGCCACUACAUUACCUGUCAUGAAGAAAAUUUGUUGGCCUUACUUUGAUCCUGAAUUUGAUAAUCUCCCAGAGAGGAUAUAUGGCCCUACGUGUAGAGUAUGCAUUGACAACGAAACCUGGGAAGAUUGCACAAUAGUAAAGGUGGAUAGCGUGAACAAGCAAGGGCUUCUCCUCGAAGUGGUGCAAGUAUUGACAGACGUGAACCUCACCAUCACUAAAAGUUACAUUUCUUCUGAUGCAGGAUGGUUCAUGGAUGGUAAAUAUAUCAAAUAUAUUUUGUUCCAUGUGAAAGAUGAACACGGCAACAAACUUACAGACCAGAAAGUCAUCAACUAUAUCCAGAAGGCCUUAAGUACAAGCACAGGCACCCCGGACUCAGCCAAGGCCUAUACAAAUAACAACCCAACUUUAUUCUCACCCACAAACCCUACCGACCACACCACCAUCGAAAUGACCGGAACAGACCGGCCCGGUCUGUUCUCCGAGAUCUCCGCUGCCCUAGCUGACCUCCAUUGCAACAUAGUAGAAGCCCAUGCAUGGAGCCAUAACGCCCGCCUCGCCUGUGUAGCUCAAAUCUCCGACCAAUCGACAGACCACAACCCGCACCGCCUCGCCACCAUCGAGGACCACCUCAUCACCGUCCUCCGUGCCACCACCGCCCUCAGCCCGUGCGGGAAGGAACCCAAUAAUAGCCAACAAGAAGUAAAGACAAUAGGGCUCUUGGGAUCAGGAGAUCAUAAUUAUGUUCAUCAAGGAACCAUGAGCACCAAUGUAGAGAGGAGGUUGCACCAGCUCAUGCUUUCUAUCAGGGACUUUGAUGGGCCCAAUGACGGCCCCCAAAGCUCGCCUAGGACGCCGUUGGGGUUGUACAGUGAGGGGGAGGGGAGGAAGACGGUGGUUUGGAUUGAGAGCUGUGAGGAAAAGGGGUAUUCUAUGGUGAGUAUUGAGUGUAAGGAUCGGCGGAGGCUCAUGUUUGAUACUGUGUGCACUCUCACUGACUUGCAGUAUGUGAUCUUCCAUGCUUCUGCAAGUGCCCAGGAGGGUUAUGCCUUUCAGGAGUAUUUUAUCCGACAUAUCGACGGGGAUGCCUUGUGUACUCAGAGCGAGAAAGAAAGAGUUAUAAAAUGCUUAGAGGCUGCUAUAGAGCGUCGGGUUUCUGAGGGGAUUCGGCUAGAACUGUGUGCGGAUGAUAGGAUAGGGUUACUCUCUGAUAUAACUAGGGUUCUACGAGAGAAUGGGCUUGUCGUUGUUCGAGCAGAUGUAGCAACUCAAGGAGAGAAGUCCAUAAACGCCUUCUAUGUGAGAGACAUUUCAGGAAAUGAAGUAGUAGACAUGGACUUUGUUGAGUCGAUGAAAAGGGAAUUAAUGGGUUCAAAUCCAAUAUACGUUCAAGUCAAGAAUGACACACGGAUAAGACCAAGCUCACCUGAAAGGCCGUCUCCUCUCUCUAAUUUUGGAGACAUGCUAAAAUCUCAACUUGAGCGUUUGUCCAACAAUUUUGCUAAGAUCAAGUAGUGGUAUACUAUAUGAACGUGUAUAAAUUAAAAUUAAAAAAUAUUAAUUUUGAAUUCAUGUACAUACGUAGACAAUAGGCAAUUUAAUUCUAGGGCUGUACAUAUAUAGAUAUCGAACCCUAUUAUUUCUAGGGUUGUAAAUAAUAAUUUUAAAGAUCAAUUGUGUAAA